ACGCGUCAUGUGACUUCAGCCAGCACUACUAGCUCAGCAGCAAGCCUGCUGCUUUCUGGAGGUUUCAGGAGAGAAACGGACUGAGAAGCCCAUUUCUUCUCAUGUUAUGUUUGCAGAUUUUUGUCCCUCAGCUUUACCUUUUUUGUUUUUUAUUAUUUUUUUAUUGCCCAAUUGGAGGAUGAGGAGCUAAAAAGUGCCCGGAGUCGCACAAAAGAUUUUUAGGAUGCUGGACUUGCGUGCCUCGCUUUGUUCUUUUCUUUCCACGUAAAUGCCAACACCGUGAAUGCGUCGGACAGAGUGGACGAGCCAGCUGCCAGAGCCCCGCAUUCACAAACUGAGCGUCUCCUCUGUCUUUAUAUUUGACUUCACAAGGAUGUAACGACCGACCUGCUGCGCGCAGCCGAAGCUCUUCAUCAAAAUGCAGAAGGGAAUACGACUUAAUGAUGGGCAUGUCACCUACCUGGGGCUUUUGGCAAAGAAGGAUGGUACAAGGAGAGGGUGCUUGAGCAAAAAGAGCUCAGAUAACACCAAAUGGCACACAAAGUGGUUUGCUUUGUUGCAGAAUAUGCUCUUUUAUUUCGAGAACGAGUCCAGCUCUCGACCAUCGGGAUUAUACUUGUUGGAAGGAUGCAUGUGCGACAGGGCGCCUUCACCCAAGCCCUCGCUGUCAGCCAAGGAGUGCUUGGAGAAGCAGUAUUAUUUCACAGUCAGCUUCACCCAUGAAAACCAGAAGGCACUUGAACUGCGCUCAGAAGAUGUAAAAGACUGCGAUGAAUGGGUGGCAGCAAUAUCACACGCCAGUUACAGGAACUUGGCGACUGAGCAUGAGACUCUCAUGCAGAAGUAUCUUCAUCUGCUUCAGAUUGUGGAGACUGAGAAAACCGUUGCUAAGCAACUUCGACAACAGAUAGAAGAUGGGGAAAUAGAGAUUGAAAGGCUGAAGUCAGAGAUUGCCGGACUACUCAAAGACAACGAGAAGAUCAACGCCAGCCCAGCAGCCGCCCCAAACGACGACGACGACGACUCUGAAAUCAAGAAGAUCAAGAAGGUCCAGAGUUUCCUGCGAGGCUGGAUCUGCAGGAGGAAGUGGAAGACCAUCAUCCAGGAUUACAUCCGCUCACCUCAUGCAGAGAGUAUGAGGAAGAGGAACCAGGUGGUCUUCAGCAUGUUGGAUUCAGAGGCCGAGUACGUGCAACAACUUCAUAUCUUGGUGAACAACUUUCUGAGGCCUCUACGUAUGGCUGCCAGCUCCAAGAAACCCCCCAUCACCCACGAUGACGUCAGCAGCAUCUUCCUCAACAGUGAAACUAUUAUGUUCCUGCAUCAGAUAUUCUACCAGGGUCUUAAAGCCAGAAUAGCAAGCUGGCCAACAUUAGUCCUCGCUGACCUCUUUGACAUCUUGCUGCCCAUGUUGAACAUAUACCAAGAGUUUGUAAGGAACCACCAGUACAGCCUGCAGAUCCUGGCUCACUGCAAGCAGAACAGGGACUUUGACAAACUACUGAAGCAGUACGAGGCCAAGCCUGAUUGUGAGGAAAGGACUCUGGAGACCUUUCUCACCUACCCAAUGUUUCAGAUACCCCGCUAUAUUCUUACUCUUCACGAGCUUCUGGCCCACACACCCCAUGAACACAUAGAGAGGAACAGUCUGGACUAUGCCAAAUCCAAGCUGGAGGAGCUCUCCAGAAUAAUGCACGAUGAGGUAAGCGAGACGGAGAACAUCAGGAAGAACUUGGCCAUAGAGCGCAUGAUCAUAGAGGGUUGUGAAGUCCUCCUUGAUACCAGCCAGACGUUCGUAAGACAAGGGUCUCUGAUCCAGGUGCCAAUGAGCGAGAAGGGCAAAAUUACCCGAGGGCGACUGGGCUCUCUGUCUCUAAAGAAGGAGGGAGAGAGGCAGUGCUUUCUGUUCUCCAAGCAUUUAAUCAUCUGCACCAGGGGUUCUGGAGGAAAGCUUCAUCUCACCAAGAAUGGAGUUGUCUCUCUGAUAGACUGCACUCUUAUGGAAGAGCCUGAGGGAACUGAUGAUGAGUCCAAAUCAGACAAAAGUGGCCAGGACAUGGAGCACCUGGACUUCAAGAUUAUUGUGGAACCAAAAGACAGCCAGUCAUUCACAGUCAUCCUGGUGGCUUCCUCCAGGCAGGAGAAGUCUGCAUGGACCAGUGACAUCAGCCAGUGCAUAGAUAACAUUCGUUGCAACGGCCUGAUGAUGAAUGCCUUUGAAGACAACUCCAAAGUCACGGUGCCACAGAUGAUCAAGUCAGAUUCAAGUCUGUACUGCGAUGAUGUGGAUAUCCGUUUCAGCAAGAUGAUGAACUCCUGUAAAGUGCUGCAGAUCCGUUACGCCAGCGUUGAACGCCUGCUGGAGAGACUGACUGAUCUGCGUUUCCUUUCCAUCGAUUUCCUCAACACCUUCCUGCACUCGUACCGCGUUUUCACCACCGCCGAUGUCGUGUUAGAUAAGCUCAUCACUAUCUACAAAAAACCCAUCAGUGCCAUUCCUGCUCGGUCCCUGGAGUUAUUCUUUGCCAGCAACCAAAACAAUAAACUCUUGUAUGGAGAGCCACCUGGCUCUCCCAGGGCUAGCAGAAAGUUCUCCUCCCCUCCACCUCUUGCUAUCGCCAAGAACUCAUCUCCAAACCGCCGCCGCAAGCUCUCUCUGAACAUUCCCAUCAUCACCGGGGGCAAAGCUCUUGACCUGGCUGCCCUUAGCUGCUCCUCCAAUGGCUAUGCAAGCAUGUAUUCCACUAUGUCCCCAUUCAGCAAAACCACAUUGGACAUCAACAAACUUUAUGUGUCCAGCCCUAUUGCAAGCAAAAUCCCCGACGAGGGGGAGGACAAGAAGGAAAAGGUGGAGGACACUUCUGUCUGCAAGCAAGAUCUUUCUGUUCGAGAAGAAAGUGAUAAUGAUCAAAACCAGAGUGAUGACGGUGAUGCAGAGGCGUCUCCCACCAAGUCUCCCACCACACCAAAAAAUAUAAAAUGCAAAAACUCCUCUGAAUUUUCCCUGUUUUCCUACAACAAUGGCAUGGUCAUGCCAUCAUGUAGAGAGCUCGACAACAAUCGCAGUGCUCUGUCUGCCGCCUCUGCCUUUGCUAUCGCCACUGCUGGAGCCAAUGAAGGGACACCUACCAAGGAAAAGUACAGGCGGAUGUCUCUCGCCAGCACAGGUUUUCCAACAGAUCAGAGAAAUGGUGACAAAGAGUUUGUGAUUAGACGGGCGGCGACCAACAGAGUCCUAAAUGUGCUGAGACACUGGGUGUCCAAACAUGCUCAGGACUUUGAAAGCAACAUUGAGCUGAAAACAAAAGUGAUUGUUUUCCUUGAAGAAGUGAUGCAUGACCCUGAACUGUUAACGCAGGAGAGGAAAGCAGCAGCCAACAUCAUCAGGACUUUAACUCAGGAAGAUCAUGGUGACAAUCAGAUCACCACAGAGGAUGUGACACAACUGGUUGGAGGGAGUAAAGCUGAACCCUUUGAGAGCCACUCUGCACUGGAGAUUGCUGAGCAGCUGACUUUGUUAGACCACCUGGUGUUCAAAGUCAUCCCAUAUGAGGAGUUCUUUGGUCAAGGCUGGAUGAAGAAUGACAAAAACGAGAAGACGCCGUACAUCAUGAGAACGACAAAGCACUUCAAUGAUAUAAGUAACCUAAUAGCAACAGAGAUCCUGCGGUGUGAAGACGUCGUCACUCGAGUGUCAGUCAUCGAGAAAUGGGUGGCUGUAGCUGACAUCUGUCGAUGUUUGCAUAACUACAACGCUGUGCUUGAGAUCACCUCCUCCCUCAACCGCAGCUCUGUUUUCCGGCUCAAGAAAACUUGGCUCAAAGUUUCCAAGCAGACAAAGGCCUUAAUUGACAAGCUGCAGAAGCUGGUAUCAUCAGACGGGAGGUUCAAAAACCUGAGAGAAGCUUUGAAGAAUUGUGAUCCUCCCUGCGUACCCUAUCUUGGAAUGUACCUAACUGAUCUGGCUUUCAUUGAAGAGGGAACACCAAAUUACACUGAAGACAACCUGGUCAACUUCUCAAAGAUGAGAAUGAUUUCUCAUAUCAUCAGAGAAAUCCGACAGUUUCAACAAACUGCAUACAAGAUUGAUCUUCAACCAAAGGUAGCCCAGUAUCUCCUGGACAAGAGUUCUGCUCUGGAUGAAGAAAGCAUGUACAAAGCCUCACUCAGAAUUGAGCCUAAAGUGCCCAACUAAGGGGAAAGGUUGUUCUUCAGUUAAUUAUGUUAAUAGUACACAUACGUUAACAAAGACUCUAAGAUUUGUAUAGAUGUACAUGAUUAGGAUAGCCACACUUCUGUACAGUAGGUGUUUGAAAUAGUUUCACACAUAUAAGUUAGUGGGUUUUUUUAUUGUUGCCAUGACACUACCUGUUAAAAUAACUUUUUUCUAGUAAUUCACGAAUAAUAAUAGAGGUCACUCUAGUUGCAUGCAACUGUGUCCUUUUUAGUGACCAAUGACAUUAUUUUCCUUGAUGAUGUGAGACUGUGUAUAAUUUGCACUUUCUGAGCACCUGUGAUUCAGGCCAUUGUUCUCUUGGCUAGAGUUUAAUGGAUCACUGAAGUUCUCUGCAAACAAUGUAGCACUGUAUAAAGGAACUGCAUCAAAUCAGGUAAAAGAGCACAGAGGAAAUAAGCUAACUGUAACUCCAGAGAGAGAACACUGAUCAGUGGAAAAGACAGCAACCUUUCCAAAGCAUAAAUGUCUUUGUGUUUCCCAGACCAAAAUAAAAAGUAUUUGUUCUUUCACUUCUGAUCACUACUCUAUAAAACAAUUUCCGUGUUUUAUUACUUUAAAAACUAAUAGUUGUAGAGUUACCUAAAAGAGCAACCAGGAAUAAAGAGAACCAGAAGCAAAUAAGUGUUUUGUGUUGCAGUUUAUUGAAAAAAAAAAAAAAAUUUUCACCCGUUUCACUAAGUAUACGAAGGUCAAAGUAUCUGAAAUUUGUUCUUUAGAUUUGACUUGUUUCCUAAUGGAGCAGUGGAACCAUUUGGGAUUAACACCCAAGUCAACCCUUUGAUGCCAAUAUUUGGCAUAACCCCACUGAACAUUCAAACUCAAAAUCUCCUAAUCUCAGGGCAGGCACUCUAUGGGCCAUUGAGCUGGUAUUUAAAUUAGUAGUUUAUAUUCUUGGUUUUACCCAAGAAGAAAUGUCUGCUUUAGCUGUGACAGUGACGCAAACCUUGAAACUUCUGAGGUUCAAAUUUAUCAAUUGGUUUAAAAACCAAUGUACGGUAUGCUGAAUGUAACUGGUGAAAUUUUUAAAAUUGAUGUUUUCUCACAUUCAAAGAAUGCCACCAUAGUUCCAAGAGUUCCCCUCUUCUUCUGAAGUUUCUUGUCUGUUUACUGAACUCAUACAAAAAAAAGAUCUGGUUCUAAUUGUUGUACCUUAAGGUUUGGGUACUACUUGGAUUUAAAGGUUGUUGCUCUUCUGUAAUUAAAAGACAAUCUGUCCUUUUUGCUGUUCCAGUGAUUGUGGAACGUGACUGUAUACCACUCUGUUAUAUGCAUUGCUGUUAAAAACUAUGAUAAACUGUAUGUGAAUGACCUCUGCCUGCAGCAUUCAGACACUAUUUUUGUAGUAGUAUAAAAAGAGAAAAAUACCUGCUCUUUAUAUGAACAUGGGAAAGUAUUUUGUACUUUGUUGUUAUUCCACGUCACAGAAAUGUGCUGUACAUUUUGUACAUGCACCCUGGCAUUUUUCUCAAUGUUCUCAGUGUAAUCGUUUGGAAAACAAGUUGUAUUUCCAGCUUAACAGACAUGCUACAAAAGCGUGGUCUUGAAACCAUGACUUAGAAAGUGUUUUUGCAUUUAUACUGUAAUCCUGUCGAUAAUAAUUUCUGUUAGCAGGAAUAGAGUAAUGUAGUGCUUAUUCUGUGAAUACUUGUAUGUAUUUUUACUAUAUAUGUACAGUACACUUUUGAAACUCAUGUGGUAGGCAUGCAACACCUUUACAGAAUAAUACUAUAUACUUUUACUGUAUACACUUAUACAUGCACAUACUCUUAUAAAGGUAUUUAAACAAAUAAACAUUUUGCUGUUAGCAAUAUUCAGCGGUAUGAAAAUUAUCUUUCAACCUUCAUGUGCUCAAGAGAUACUCCCAGUUUUGUAAAGAAAACAAAAACGUCAAAAGAAGACAUCAAGAUGAAAACAAGAAGUAAUAAAAUUAUGUUUCCCAAUUACCUCUUGCUAAUAAAUCUAUUUUAUCUCAGGGGCA